GGCUCUUCCCCAUAGGAUGCCCGGGAUCGGUCUGAUGGACAGAGAGAGAGAGAGAGAGAGCCCGGCUCUCUGGCUGGUGCGGAAACCCCGCCCGCAGCCGCUCCCGAUUUAACGGAGGGCGGGCGGCUUUUCCGAUUGCAGUAGCUGGGAAAGGGAAGCGGCUGGGAGGAUGAGAGAGUGUAUCUCUGUCCACGUGGGCCAGGCUGGAGUUCAGAUUGGCAAUGCAUGUUGGGAAUUGUACUGCCUUGAGCAUGGAAUCCAGCCAGAUGGGAACAUGCCUAGCAGUAAGAUGGCUGAUUGGGAUAACGACUCCUUCAAUACCUUCUUCAAUGAAACAGGAGCAGGAAAACACGUCCCUCGUGCUGUCUUUGUAGACCUGGAGCCUUCAGUGAUAGACCAGAUCAGGACGGGGAUUUACCGGCAGCUUUUUCAUCCAGAACAAUUGAUCACAGGAAAGGAAGACGCUGCUAACAACUAUGCCCGAGGACAUUACACUGUGGGAAAAGAAAUCAUUGACAUGGUCCUGGACCGUGUCCGAAAGUUGUCGGAUCAAUGCACUGGCCUCCAGGGUUUCCUAAUAUUCCACAGUUUUGGGGGAGGCACAGGCUCUGGCUUCACCUCUCUGUUGAUGGAGCGUUUGUCUGUCAGCUAUGGGAAGAAAUCCAAGCUGGAAUUUGCUGUUUAUCCAGCCCCGCAGGUUUCCACUGCUGUGGUCGAACCAUACAACUCUAUCCUCACCACUCACACUACCUUGGAACACUCUGACUGUGCUUUCAUGGUAGAUAAUGAAGCAAUUUAUGAUAUCUGUCGUCGGAACCUAGAUAUAGAACGUCCCACAUACACUAAUCUCAACCGACUGAUUGGCCAGAUUGUGUCCUCAAUAACUGCUUCAUUGCGCUUUGAUGGGGCUUUGAACGUAGACCUGACAGAGUUCCAGACCAAUCUGGUCCCUUACCCUCGUAUUCACUUUCCAUUGGUCACCUAUGCACCCAUCAUUUCUGCUGAGAAGGCCUCUCAUGAGCAGUUAUCUGUGUCGGAAAUCACCAAUGCUUGCUUUGAGCCUUGCAACCAGAUGGUUAAAUGUGACCCCCGCCAUGGCAAGUACAUGGCAUGCUGCAUGCUGUACCGAGGAGAUGUGGUGCCCAAGGAUGUCAAUGCUGCCAUCGCCACCAUCAAGAGCAAGCGCUCGAUCCAAUUUGUGGACUGGUGCCCCACUGGGUUCAAGGUUGGGAUCAAUUACCAGCCUCCCACUGUCGUGCCUGAGGGGGACUUAGCCAAAGUUCAACGUGCUGUUUGUAUGCUGAGUAACACAACUGCCAUUUCUGAGGCCUGGUGUCGCCUGGAUCACAAGUUUGACCUGAUGUAUGCCAAGCGUGCAUUUGUCCAUUGGUUCGUGGGUGAAGGGAUGGAAGAGGGAGAGUUCUCAGAGGCACGCGAAGACCUGGCUGCUUUGGAGAAGGAUUAUGAGGAGGUUGGAGCAGACUCUCUGGAGGAUGAAAUGGAUGAUGAAGAAUACUGAAAGCCACAUCCCAGAAUUAUAGAUUUGCUGUGUUGCAUUACCUGUACAACAUAAAAUUUCUAAUAAAUAAAACCUGAAAACAA